GUCCACUCCCAGAAGGGAAGGGCUGGGUUUCGGAUUUCAUUUCCCUUGUAAACCGUUCCCAGAUUCCAAUCCACUUGCAGGGCUUCUCUGCUGCCUUUCAGUCUCGGACCUCUCAGAGCGAGCCCCCGGCCCAGGGAGCUGAAGGAGGGCACGGUCAAUUUCAGGAAGUCCAUCAUGAGACCAGCAUCCCUCCUUCCCCUCGGCAGCCUCUUUGUUUUGUCCUGGCUCGCAGAGGGCAGAAUUAUCCGGGAGGAUGAAGCCGGUUUUGCUGAAUGUAACAAGUUCUUUUAUGAAGAGACCCCGCCUGAAGGACUGGCUGAGCCUUUCCACGUGAAAAUCUGUCAAAAAUACAAGGGUAAGGAGCGCUUCGCCACCCUGUACAGCACCCAAGAAAAGAUACCUGUUUACUCAGCUUUUCGAUAUGCUGUCUCCGGAGAAAGCAGGGAGCAGGAGUGGAUGAUCGAACCCCAGAUAGAUGAUCCCAACAGCAACUUUGGAGAAAUGAUGAAUGAAGCAGAUGCUGUUAACUCUGUAGACAAUCUUGGAAGCAAACAAGCCCUAAGUACUGACUACCUGGAUUCUGAUUACCAAAAAGGACAACUGUACCUCAGCUCCCUGAACAGUGAUGAUUUCCAGGUGGCAACAUACACCCUCACGAACGCUGCACCUAUGAUCCAAUCAUUAAGGGAAAGGUGGUACAUGAAUGUGAAUAGCCUAAUGGAUCUUGCCUUGGCCCCAUACUGUGGGAAUGGGGAUGACCUAUAUGUCAUUGCAGGAGCAGUGCCCUCAGACCAGAGAGUUAAGGACAAAGUGUCUGUCCCUGACUUUGUUUGGCUGGCUGCUUGCUGUGCUGUUCCUGGAGGGUGGGCUAUGGGAUUCAUCAAGCAUAUGAGGGAUGGGGAUAUCAUAGAAGAUGUGAUGGUGAGGGAUCUUGAAAAGCUUCUUCCAUCUGGGACUCAGCUGUUCCAAAACAAUUGUGGGGAAGCAGACCAAGACACAGAGAAAAUGAAAAAAAUAUUAGAAAUGGUUAACCAUGUACAGGAUGAAGAGAGAAUGGUCCAGGCUAAGUCAAGUUCUAGCCAAUUAUCCGGUACUCGGAAUAAACGGUCUGCUCGGUCAUUGCCAGAGGAAGCCGACGAGAGCAGCCUGCUCAGAACAAUUGGCAGCAUUGUUGCUACCCCUUUUGUCAAGCUUCUCCAAUUAAUAUAUUACCUCAUGGUUGGAAUCCUGAAAAAUGUUCUCUAUUGCCUAUGGCACAUUACCAAGCAACUUAUAGGCAUUCUGGAAAAUGGAAUCCAUAAGAUGUUUUCAGCAACAGUGUCAUACUUCAUGGCUAUUGGGGAAGAACUGGUGAGCAUUCCCUGGAAAGUGGUCAAGGUCAUUGUCAAAGUCAUCAGGGCCCUCCUACGCAUCCUCUGCUGCCUGCUGAAAACCAUUUGCCGAAUUCUGAGUAUCCCUAUUAGAGUCCUUGUGGACAUUGUCAGUUUCCCCACGUACACAGUUUGUGCCAUCCCAACUGUCCUUAAAGAUAUUGCUGUAGGCCUGGGGGGCACCUUCUAUCUCCUCCUGGACACUGCCUUUGGCACUAUUGGCAGCCUGUUUCAUGUGCUUUUUAGUGUCUGUAAACGGAUUGUCUUUAAAGUAUCUUAUGACAACUCUGGGGAAUUGUAGAAGGAAAAAUGGACCAGGAGAAUCCAUCCACUGAGAUUUUUACUUUUUGUAAGGCAGAGUCAGAGUGAUACCUCUUUUCAAAAUGUGGCUUCCUGCUCUUAAUUCAUACGGCAUUUUGGGCACUGAUAAUAUUGCAAACUCACUUAGAGGUUAAGGGGAAACUGCCUGUGGUAGCAAAGAAAUGACAGUAUGAUUUAGAAUUUUCUGCUAGCAAAGUGUUGAGGGCCGAAAGUUGAGGGUUAACAUCUCUUACGGCUCUACAGGCUAGUUUGGUCAAGUGGUCAGCUUUUUCUAAGCCAUAAAUACCUUCAGUUCUUCACUGUUAAUAAAGUAGGGAAAUGGGAGUAGCCAUUUCCUCAGAAAGUGGCCUAUACCCUAGGAGAUGUCUGUCUGCUGGUGAUGGUUGGGAGUUAGGAAGAGUAAACUGUUCAUCCAAGGUGUUGAAAACUGGACAAGGGAAAUUUGUCCCUCCCUUUGAUAUUUGGUUCUUCUCAUCUAAUCUAAUUGAACCCAAUAAGGUCAGAUCAAAAAGCUUACCAUGGAUAUUUUCAGCUGAUUCUUGAAUCUCCUUCUAAUAUCAUGACCUGGCAAUGUAAAAGCUGCCAACCGGAAGGGCUGAAAGCUUCAUAACCUUGGGUGAGAGAACUGCACAACCCAAGAAGCUCCUUUGGACUUUCAAAGCCCCCCAAAAUCUACUUAUCAUUUUUAAUUUCUCUCAGUUGAACAUCACUACCUAGUCCCCACAGAUAAUGGAUGUUUUUGCAAAAUGUAACUUAAUGCGGUGGGAAAGUGAGUCCAGGAUUAUCUCACCACUCAGCAAGUAUAAUAUUCAUUCCUCUCUCGGGCAAAAGCCCAGAAAGGAUUAGAACUCAGGGUCAAAGCUUUAUUUACUCUUGUGUAGUGUUAGUGAUCUUAGGGAAUCUUUCACCAAGCCAAGAAGCUGACACCAACUUAGGGGCACCUGAAAAUCUCAGGCUGAUAGCACCCCACCAUCAGCUAACAUGAUAAUGACUAAAUCAAUCUGGGCUUCUGUACGAGUCAAUUUAAUGAACACAUUCCCCUAUGCAUCAAGGCAAACAAUAAAACUGAAGCACUUUAAAUGGGUCCCUAGAGAAUUAUUUUGAUUAGAAAAAAAAGCUUACACUCAGAAGAAUUCAAGUUCAUGUAUUUUCAGAGUUAGCAUAAUAGAGAGAAAGUUGCUACAAAGCUUCUCAGGAAGCUAGAUCUUUAAUUAAGAAAUGUCUCAUAGGAAAAUAAUUUUUUGUGGGCAAUAGGUCAGGGGGUUUAAGACUCAUAACAUAGCCUUCAGGUCAUACUCUACUGAGAUAUUAAAGUUUUCUCACAAUCAUAGGUCAUUCAAAUAAACAUUUCCAUUUUCCUACCUCUUAACAACACAUUCAUUAGCCUGAAACCGUUUGAGGAAGCAAAACCACCCUCCUCAGGGUUUACUCUGCUUCUGACACUGGAUCAUUGCCCAUGGAAAGGACUGAAUAAUUCUAAUAAAAUCGAGGGUCAGAGGAAAAGCUGUGAAUCAGGAGGAAGCUUGGUAUGAAACCCUGACACCAGAGGCAUCUGCCCUUUGCAUUCUAUCAUCAGAAAGUUGGAUCCAUAAAUUAAGAGGCAGGAAGGAAAACAUUUUUACUGUGGAUAUAGAGGCUAGUCAUUUGCGUUGGAGUGGUGGUUGGAAAAUGUUAGUGUAAUGAAAGUAGAGGGACUGAAGAAAGAUCAUUGCAUGAUAUUUAAAGAGAACUGCAACCAGUAAGGAAGCAUCAUGAUAAUCAGUGAUGUGAAACUUGGAACACAAGCCCUAGACAGGCUUGAGAUUGGAAAAUAUAGUUCAUAUUUAGAUUUUUAUUAAUUUGACAAUACUCAACCCCUUGCUUCCAUUCACGAAAGCAUAUGUGGCCAGACAAAACUUUCCAUUGACAACAUGGUACGAUGGAAGGAGUACUGACUCUGAAGUCAAGAGGACCUGGGUUCAUAUCCUGGGUAAGUUACUUAGACUCUCUGGCCCUCCAUUUCCUCAUCUAUAAAAUGAAGGGGUUGGAUUAGUUGGCCUCUGAGGUGCCAUCUGCUCUGGGUCUGUGAUCCAUGAACUAUAGGAGUGAUUAGGGAAUAGAAAAUGGUGAUAUUUUGUAUUGAUGAAGCUGAUUCAUAGAAUCAUAGGGAGAGGAAGCAAUAUAAUCAUUGAAUUUUAGAGCUGAAAGGGACAUUCUCAUUUUAUAGACGAGGAAACUUGUUACGGGCUGAGUUAGAGCUGAGCCCUGUCCUCCUCGGACCUCCAGGCCCAGGGGCCUGCUGAGAUUAACUCAGGGCUUUGGGAUGUGGGUGGAGCCAGGAGGAGGGGUCUCACCUUUGUUGCCUCCCUAGCGAUUCCAGGUCUGACCUGCCUGACCACGUGGAACUUCCGGCUCUCUGGCAGAGCAUGUGGAACUUCCGGCUGCCUGACCACCUGGAGUUUCCAGUCUUUGCCUGGACUGCCUGCCCGCAGGGAGCUUUGGGUAGUGCGGGAAGAGAAGGGGAGGAGAGUAGGCGGAGUCAGGGCAGUCCUAGGACCCAGGUGUAUUGAGUUUUCACCUGUCCUUCACCCACGUAACCAAAGAAUGUACCUAUGUCACUAAAGGUAUAAAUGUGCUGCUUGCUGAAAUAAUAAACGGAGUCAUUCACCAUCUUGUUCGGCUCCCGCCCCGUACAUUGUCCUCGAGAUCAGGUCCUUUGCUUAGGCAGAGGCCUGGGGCUUGGGGGGAACCCCGAGCGUAGUUACGAGGCUUCGGAAGCUCGUGACAGAAACUGAUGCCCACAGAAGAUAAAUGGCAUGUCCAAGAUUACACAGCUGUUUAGUGGGAGAGUCUGGAUAAGACACUGGAUAAGUGUCUUGUCUUCGUUCCCCUCCAUCAGACUUACUCCAGUGCUCACUCCUGGUUUCUGUAGUCUAAGGGAAUGGGCAACUGAUCCCACCUACCUGUAGCACCAUGACUAACCCAACUGUGGUGUUUGGGCCACCCUGCUUCCAAACAUGUCUAGUAACUAACAACUUAUUUAGCUCUUUGAGUUCAUUGCAUCAUGCAUACCGUGGCCUUCCUGGGAAACUGGGAAAGGAGAAGGAAGCGAAAUGCCUACUAUAGUUAGAGAAUUGGGGCAGCCAUACUUGCACUGAGCAUGUCUACUGUAAUGGACAAUCCUCUCUGUUUGCUAAGGCUAGGUUGCUGUCAUCAUGAAGCGCUGCCAAGGGAUAGGAUUGGGGAAUAGCACAAACAAAGCCAUUUUGUUUGGGCUUUGAUUGAAGGGGGAACUUGGGAUUGCAAAACUUAUUUCUGUCUUGAGGAUUUUGCUGUCGCUUUUUCAUAUUCAUUGUAGCUUUUGUGGAAGGACUGUCUAUAUGUGAUUUUAUUUGAUUUUAUUACCUUUUUUGGGGUGGGGGGGGAAGUCCAGAUUUGUGAUUCCUUCAGAAUAUGGAAUCUCUGCUGUGGAAAUCUCAUACCCCUGUGGAGUUGUACACCUCUAACACAAAUAGCCUUGGAGAAUUUAAAUGACAAACCAAAUCCCCUAGCUCAGACUAUUAUAAAUGCCAGAGACAAGACCUGAACCCAGAUCUUCUUGGCGCCAAAGCUGGCCUUCUGUCUGCUCUGUCAGGCUGCCUCUCAAAGUCCUGAAGAAGAAGCCUUAUAUCCAGUUUGAACAUUAUCAAGACUCCGUUUCCCUUCCUUUUCCCCAGUCCCACCCAACUUUGGUUAGCUCAUUCUCUGUGUAGCAUUUCCAACUGGCUGAGGACCAGGAAACUGAAGAGAAGUCAGAGGAAGGGGGAGACACAGUACUUAACAAAUGACAAUUUGACCUUUUUGAGUUUAUAGCUCAAGACUCAAGGUGUAGUACAGAAUACCCUGUGGGAACUCAAUAAGCAAAUGCUUGACCGCAGCUUGUUAGCAAGUCUGGUGACAGGAGGACUGGAGAAGGAAGCCACCGGCUCAAAUGAGGUUUAGGAAUUACCUGUCGAUUUCAUCUAACCCCGUUCUCUUUGUUCCAUAUAAACUCAAACAAAGGCACUGAUUUCCAAAUAUACCUUCCAUUUAUUUUGCUUUGAAACUUGAGAGCAUUUGUGAAGAAAAGAGAAUGGUGGUAAUCCAUGGGGCAAGUAUUAGAAUCACUUUUCAAGUCUGUUUCUCUGGGGAAAACAUCUUUGGCUCCGCCAUGUCAGAAAUAACAGUAUUUGUGAUAUGUUUUAUGUGAGUGAGACUCCUACAGGUUCUUUCCUCCAUAGAUUCUGCCCUGCAUCGACAACAAAGCUGAUCUCCAUCUUUAUUGAUUACUAAAAAUCCCCACUGUCUGAAGGGAGAAGGCACAGUCUCUGAAAGAAAUUGGACAUCUCAGACUUUCUUCUUUGCAAAUGACGGCGAUAAGGGCAGGAAAUCUUGGCUGCCUCCCCAGUGCCAGCUGGGACUGGUGUCUCAUUGUGUCUUGUUCUAUGUUUGGCAGCUGCUCGGGGUACAAUAAAUGCUACAAAGCAACAACAACUUGCCGGUGACAGUUCCAUAAUACCCAUCACAAUGAGGGUCUCCAUCUACCAAACACGUUCCCAAGUUUUGCAGCCGCCCUUCCAGGCAGGCACUUCACAUGAUGUGUUGACUGCAAACCAGAACCAUAGCAAGCCCAUCCAAAUUAACAACAACAUCUAAACAUGCAUAUUUCAAUGUUGAAAACUUCCCCGAACACUUCUUUUUUCUAUCAAACAGCCUGAAACAAACUUGAAAGGCACUCGUGGCAAGCAACAGAUUGGGUUUUCUCUAUUCUCCUUAUUUGUGCUUGAAUUUGGUAUAAGCUUGACCUUAUUGUUGGCAACUGUGUAGUAAAUAAUAAUAAAAUUAAACAGUAAUUUUUUAA